GGCCGCGGGGGAGGCACUCUGCACGCGCUCAGGGCCCCUCACCGUCGCUCGGCGGAGGGCAGGGCCGGAGCAAGCGAGCGGCCGCCCAGCCAGUCCGACGAGCAGCAGCACGUGCUUCCCGCCUCAAGCCGCUUAAAGGGCCGCCCCGACGGCCGCGGCGCGCCGGAUCCGCCUGCGCCCUGGCCGGGCUGCCGCUGCCACCGCCGAGCUGGGCGCCAGGAUGCGGCUCCCGCCGGCCCCGAUCCCCUUGCUCUUCCCCAUGCUGCUGUUGCUGCUGCUGGCGGGAGAGCCCUGGGCCCGCCGGGCGUCGAGCCGCGCUGCCGCCUCCUGCCCGCAGCAGCAACAGCCGCCCCAGCAGCGCCGGCUCAGCGGGCGAGAGCGGCGCGAGAUGCAGCGCGAAAUCCUGGCUCUGCUGGGCCUGCCGGGCAGACCCCGGCCCCGGACGCGACCCUCCCCGACGGGCACCAAAGCCGCCGCCCGGCAGCAGCAGCAACGGCAGCCGCCCUCGGCCGCGCCGCUUUUCAUGCUCGACCUGUACCGCGCGAUGGCAAGCCAGGACGACGACGACGACGACGAGGAGGAGGGCAGCCCCUGGACGCCGAGCUGGGCGAGGAGUCCCCCGCGGAGCCGGGCCGCCGACGGCGCCGACACCGUCAUGAGCUUCGUCAACCUGGGUGAGUGAGUGAGCAAGCGAGCGGGGAGGCCCUGCCUGCGCGGCUCCGACGGCACUGCGAUCCGGCGCGGCGCUGCUCUCGAGGAACCUGCCAUGGGAGAGCGGCCGCCCUCCGACGCCAGGGGCUGAGAGCCGAGCGGUGGGCGAGGCCGGGGUGGGUAGAGGGUGGUCUGCAACCGGGGACCACCGUGCGGACCAAUAAUAAUAACUAAACCCCUGAAUUUGGCUACUGGCGUGGAGAAAUAAGCUUUUGUGUGUGUCAGGACGGCUGGCUCUUCUUGGGUGCUUCUGAAUUCCUGGGCAGAGGUAGCCCAUUUUCUGAAUUACAAUGCUGAGGUGGAGGUGGAGGUAAGGAACUGAACUAUUAUUUUGCUCCUGGAUCCACCUGAGUUACCUUCGGGUUCUAGUCAAAAAAGCAAGUAGAUCCUAGAAGCCGGAAGUCUGCCCAUGCUUGGCCUCCUCUAGGGUGUGCAAAGGGCCAGGUGGAAUUCAAGGUCUGCAGAUUUUACGCUGUGCAAGCGGCAAACUGAGAAUGAAGUAAAUUUGCACCUUUUGGGAAUGUGCAUAGGAUUGCAAUCUUGGUGGCAUGGUGGAGCCCCACAAAAUGUCACGACACUUCAUUCCCAGACCGACUUUGGGGAGGAAGCCAUCUGUUGAAAGGGACGGAUCCAUGGGGUGGGAAAGCCCUUCACCCCAAGCAAGGCAGUCCACCCAGCAGUCUUUCCACCAGACCUGCAUGGGGCGGGAGGGAGACUGACAGGGGCAACAAAUCUCACCCUGAGAAGAGAAAGCAGACAGGGCAGCAAGGUGUUUUCAGGGGGUCCUAGGGGAAAUUUAAGCCACUGACUGAGCACUGGGGUGAGGGAAAGCACCAAAGAAAGGAAGCAAACCUCCCCACCCUUCACGUGAUUCAGGUCCCACCUUCCAAAUGUGGGGUCAGCAGGAGUCACCUACUUCCAACAAAUAUUGCAGAAAAAAUUGGAGGAUGGGGAAAACGCACCUGUCGCACUCCAUUGCCAAGAAGAGCAGGGCAGAAAUGUGAUCAUUAACAACAACAACAACAACAACAACAACAACAACACCCUUGCUGUCCCAAGUUGGAACAAUACAGUAAAUGAAAGAAGCCCCCCAUAGGCAGAGUUGGCCAACUUGAACAAAAUAUUGGGGGAGACAGGUAAGCCCCCCAACAUAAUCACAUGAUGUGGUGUAUUCACACCCUUUGAAUGGCAAUACCCAUCAACUUUGAAGGGGGUGCCCUGGCCCCCUCAAAUAUUUUAUGGGGGUGAAGACCCCAUAGCCCCUGGGAGUUGGCUCCUAGGAACAUCAGAAUUUCAAGCACGGGGGGGCAGAGAUAGAGAGACUGCAUGCAUUUUUAUACAAGCUGAAGUCUUCAAGAACUUCCCUACCACUUGAUGGCAUAUCAUUGUUUUGGCUUUGUUUUGGGGAGGCAUAUCAGUCUGGGUGGCAGAAUUCCAACCUGUCUGUACUUUGAGGAUUUUAGGACUAGUCCAGAUUCACAAUCCAUCUUAGGGUGUAAUGUUAUUUGGCUGUUUGCAGCCCGGGGGGGGGGGGGGCAAACAGACGGUCCUAGAAGGACCACUGUGCAAUCCAUCCAGGAGCCAAAGGGGUCCUGUGGCCACCCUGUGCUACAUCUUAGUACAGUACAUUCAAAUGAUUCUCUCCCUCCAACUCCCUGUGUAUAGACUAGCCUGGUGCUUUUUGCUGUUGUUUUUUGCAUUCUGUUUUUUUAUGGGGAUGCUGAAGCAUGCAGCCACAUCAGGACCUGCAUCCUGAUAAGCUUGAUGACUUAAUUGUGCUGAUUGCGCCCUGACCUGCCCUCAUGCACAUGGUGCCACUCUGUAACUUGCAGGUGGUGGUUUUUAGCAGUGAGUGACUGGUGGAGCCUGGGUGGGGGGUUCUCAUGGUGAAAUGUAGCACAACUGCCUUUUAUCCCAACUAGGAAGAGCAAUGUGGCCAAGCCAGAAUGUGUUGGAUGGAGAGCAGGGGACUCAAGGGCUUCUUUGCCACCUACUGCCAAGCAUCCCUCUUGAUGGGGGUCACUGCUCCAUCAGCACUCGAGGGCAAGAGGGAGGAAAGUGGGGUGGAUCAAGCAUUGAGAGCCAAGGUGGGGCUUCCCCUCUGGCUGGACCAGGCUCGCAGCCUUGGAGCAAAGAUUCCAAGGAGUCCCAUUCCAGGAGGCAAGCAAAGAGGCACUGGAAUCCUGUUGAGCCAGUUCUUGUGCCUCUGAACUGCUGACUUACUGAAACUUGGUUGUGUGAGCAGUAUAUGAAGCGGCUGUUCCUUAACCUGCAUCCCUCAUGUGAUACUUCAAUUUUGAGCUGGCCCUCUCCUGAGGGUACGCGGUAGGUAACAAUUCAAGAACCGGUAUGAAAUAGAUGCAAUCAGAUUGAAAUGUCUAAGUUGGCCUGAAGGAAGCAGCCUUGAAUGGCUUCCUUCCCUCCCAACCCUGUCCCAUUACUAGUUUAUGUGAGACACAAUCCUCCCCACAUUCAUUGUCCAGCAGCACAGUCAAUCCUGGGGGAAAUCUGUGGGUGCUUCCAGAUGGGCCUUUAUUCUGGGAUGGGGGAUCCCUGCUCAUUAAAGCUUUUUGCAGCAUCCACACGAGGUGGUUGUUAUUAAAAUGUCAGCUUGCAUUGCCACCCUAUUUAAACCAUUCAGCAUUACAUGUGAAUGCUGCCCAUAGUAUUGCUUAAAGUGGCACAAUCCUGGUCUAGCUUUGCCUAUUCUGCCCCUGCUCUUGCCAAGCAGUGAGAAAAAUAGGGUAAUGAUUAAAAGGCCCGCCUUGGGUGGCAGAACACAGGCUCUGAUCCAGCUCUGGUCUUGCAUUUGCACAUAUUAGCAUUCCAAAUACUGGAAGUGGGGGUUACAUAUUAGCAUUCCAGAUACGGGAAGUGGGGGUUACAUAUUAGCAUUCCAGAUACGGGAAGUGGGGGAUACUUCUCUUCCUUCUCACUGCACCCCACAGCGGGAAUCCCGCCCUGUAGCUGGUGCCAAAUCCCCCAAGCAAUACUAGGAAGCUAAUUAAAGCACAUAUCCUAAUUAGCUUUGAAGUGUGUGGGAAGAAUCCACAUAAGAGGCAGGUGACAUUUGUAACUGUGGGAAAGGUUGAUGGGGAAACAUUGAUGUGCCUUUCUGUGGGUUCUGGCAAAAAAAAAGGAGGGGAAGGAAGACAAUGUGCCCUUUUAAAUGUUUUUGGACUACAACACCCAUCAUUUCUGGCCAGUUGCCAAGAUGGCAAGGGCUGAUGGGAGUUGUAGUCCAGCAACAUGGAGGGCACUAAGUUGCCUGCCCCUGUUUUAAUGAGAGGGAGGUGGUGCAAGCUCCCAGAAGUGAGAGGUCUAUUUUGGAGGGACUCUUGCGCUCAUAAAGACUAUUGUAUGGAGGAGUUAGCCCAAAUGCACAAAGGAGCUUGCUUUGUGCACAAAAUGCACAAGAGGCACCAGCUUAGGCCUCCACAAGAAAAUCUGCACAAAUGGCUUAGAAGAGGAGUCCCACUCCCAUCUGCCCCACCAAGCUCAGUUUUUCCUCAGCCAGCCUCCACCUGCCUACCUUCACACUUGCAACCUCUCCAGGUUUGUGGCACUGCCUGCCAUGUCUCAGUGUUGCUCUUGCACAACUAAGGAAGGAAGAAAGAAGGGGACAGAAGUAGAGUCAGUUGGUUCUGCCUGCUGUUGGCUCUGGCACCACCUACUGUUGACCUCCCUGUCUUCCACUUUACCAGUUGCAGUGGGCACUAGCUGCCACUGCUAGCGAGCAUGACCGUGUUGCCAACCCCUGACUUGGAAGCUUGCUGUGCAUUUCCCCAUGGAAAGCAGGGCAGCUUUGUGCCUACCUGCCUUUAUAGUCCACCUAGUCCACUGGUGCACUUGGAGUGUUCAGAACCUCAGCCACUACCUGGAUAUAUCCAGGUGCAGACUCCAACCUAGCUGUGAACUUUGUCUUCAAAAGGAGCACAACCCCAUCCAGAACAGGUUGUACUCCCAAUCGCCAGUUUGUCACCUCUGGCUUCCCCAGAUUAAGUCUCACUUUGUUAGCCCACCACUUCAAGAUCUCCACAGCUUCCUGUAAAAAGUACCUUUGGGAGACCCUGGAUGACUGGAAUUUGUCAUGUAGGAUGAAUUGCAUUUUAAAAAACAACAACCCAAACCCCUCAAACUCUACUAUUCAUCAUUUAGCAAAAAAGGAAGCCACAUCUACCCUUUUGCCAAGUUUGUGAGGUGAUGCAGGUUUGUAGCAGUUUCUGAGACAACACAGGUUUAGGUCUUCCCACCAACUGGUGUUGCUUUGGCUAUCAACACAGUGGCUUGUUCAUCUGGGCAGAGUGCACAGAGGGCUGUAGCUCACUCCAGCAAUACCAGCAGCAUUACACUUUCAUCAUGCAAAAGGUCCCAGGUUCAAUCACCAAUGGCAUCCAGAUAGGGUUGGGAAUGUCCCCUUUCUGAAACCCUUGAGAGCUGCUGCCAGUCAGUGUAGGCAAUAUGCCUGACUUGGUAUAAGGCAGCUUCCAGUGUUUGGGAAGGGAAUAAAACCACCCUCUUACCCGAGACCAUUAAUGAGAUUGGUUCCCUGCUCAUAUAUCACUUGCUGGUUUUUAGGGUUUGGAGUGCUUCGGGAACAAGUUGGUUGCUUCCCAACAGGCUCCUGCCAAAAGGUUUUAACACACCGCAAUUUCACACUCUACGUGCUCUGGAAACGUAGGUUAAUUUUCUUGAUAACCAUAAUUAGUGGGUUUUAUCUCUUCAUGGCUUACAAACCAGCUAUGCUCACCAUUGAAUGCUGCGGGGGGGGGGGGGAGCAAAUUCUGAUCACGGACUAGCAAAAUAUGUUGGCAUAAACUUAAGUAACCGGGAAAUAGAACCAACUUCAGCCUCAUUUUGUUUGGCAUAAUUUGUUCCUGGUUUUUAAACAUUCCAGAAUUCUUGGAAGGGAAGGGGCCAUAGAGAAAAGGAUUGAAGAAGGAAGGAGAAUGACACAGAUAUAUUUUGGAGUUCUUUCAUAGACACGAAACUUGCCCUUUCUUUUGUUUGGUGAAAGGCAUUGUAUAUCUUGUGGUGCUGACGGCGUUUCAGAACAAAAAUGUUAAUAAUUCUAUACUACACCUCAUUUCCAUUGUUACACAACACCACUUAAAUAGGCUCAGGUUUUUUUGUUGAGCAGAUUCAAAGGGAAAAAAAUACGCCGACAUCAGACAUUACCCGUUCUAAUGAAUUUCUCUAUCUUUCAUACUGUUUUUUUCUGUAUGGUACAAAUAAAAGAUGCCAGCCUGUCCACGCCUGUUCAGUGCAGGGCGAGUUCAUCUUUGGUAGCCUCCCAACAAGGAAACAUAUGGGAGGCCUCUUGCACCAGAGAAAUUCUGAGGACGUUUUAAAUUUAGGAUUCUCGCUAGCCGCCCUGAUUUCCAGCGGAAAGGGCAGCUGCAUCGCGCUCCCUGCCUCAACCGCAAGAGCUUUGGACCAAAUGCCAAGAGGAAACUGAGGUUGUCUUCUGGGAGUCGCUCGCUGUCCAUGGCGACUAUUUUUGGGCAACGCAGAAAGCUUGGGGGAGCCACCCAGUUUAAUGGCUUGCUUAUGUCCUAGGAAUGACGGAGCUGGGCCUGCUGCCUGGGCCUUGCCUGGGCUCUUGGCAGCCUUGCCAAUAAAGUCUUUGGGCACAAUCUUGGGAAUUUCACCUGCACAAGCACCCCCUCCAUCCAGAAAAGAGUGGGAGUUUGCAUCUGCUUCCUCGUGGCUGAAUUUUGCAAUUGGAUAAUCAGCGGUUGCUUCUGCUGCCAUUGUGGGUGGAGCUGCAGCUGCCAAUAAUCUUCCUUCUGUCAAAGCAGUGCUGUUGCCUCCAUAAUUCAGCAGAGUUGUAAUUUGAAAACAGCAGCAGACUCUUAAAAGGCCAGUGAGACUGCCUAAAAACUGUGGCUAUUUCUCCAACUUCCAGGAAUUUAAUAUCAAUCUAUCUAAAUGGAUAUUAAUGUUUAGUGCUCUUUCUCUAGAAAAAGAGGUGCCGAAACUCACCGUGAACGCCUCUCUUGUUCUCUUAUAAAGGCAAUAGUGCCCACCUGAGAGGUGCCGGAACUGAGUUCCAGUAAGUUCUGGCUCGAAAAAAGCCCUGUUAGUGUUCUGUAUUAUAUAUUUAAUAUAUAAUAUCUAAAAUAUAUCUGUUUCCCAGACAGCAGCACAAGAAAAGAGCAGUGGCAUGCAGUCCUGGCAUCAGCACCUGGGCUAGUUUGGGCAUUCCUGGACAGGUGCUGCUCACUGUAGUGUGUGUGUGUGUGUGUGUGUAUGUAUGGGCAGAUAGGCAUGUACGCAGUUACAGGUGCUUGGUUUUUUGGGGGUUUUUUUGUUCUUUAAAGUACAGUAUCCUUUCCUACAACAAAAUGAUGCUUAUUCCCAAGUAAAUGUCUUUAGCACCAGGCCACUCUACUUUUUUGAAGCAAGCUCUACUUUAUUCCUCUAGCCAUUGUGGUGCUAUGAUUUAAAUGACUUAAUUUAAAUGCAUUUAAUGAUUUAAAUGCAAAUCUGCCCAUACUCAAGAGUUCUUCUUCUUUAAAAAAAAAUCGGGGCUGAUGAAUUUUUCUUCUUCUUGUUUUUCUUUUUGCUUUGAUGUACCAGGAAGGUAGAAGCAAUUGUUCUGUGGUGUGUGUGUGUGUGUGUGUGUGUGUGUGUGUGUUAACAGUGUGAUUUUCAAGUAACAUGCAGGGUCGGUUAAAGCCAUUAAGUCCAAAUUCACCUAUUUGUACCACUGGCUGAACCCUUCUUCCUUGCAGGGUCCAAACUCCUGCCAAGCUGUUCUACAGCUUCCCCCCACCAGUGGAAGACUUUGGGCUCUCAAAUUUAGCAGCACCCUGUGCAAUGCUAAAAUUCGGGGAGGGGGGCUCACGCUUCAUUCUACAUCUUGUUCAAACCAGUUGUCCUAUCCUAAAACCACCUCUGCCCCCACCCCCCUGGUUGUAGGAAUACAGGAAGUUGCCUUAGACCGUGUCAGACCAAUGGUCCAUUGAGCACAGUAUUCUCUACACUGUCUGGCAAUGACUCUCACGGCUUUCAGGAAUGAGGUUCCCAGCCCUACCUGGAGACAGGCCUUCUCAGAGGUCCAGAGGGACCCAGGCCACUUCUGAGGCACCAGCCAUAAUAAAAAUGAAAAACUACAACACACAAAUAAAGCACGUAGAAAAAAGAAUGAGACAUAAUCUGAAUGUUUUUAACAUUUAACAGAUGCUUUCCUAGCCUUUUUCUGUGCACAUGCACUAACUAUUGAGGGGGGAAUCCCGUUUUCAUGCAGUAGUGCUGCUGAUAUUAAGCCCAUUCAAACACUUUUGCCCCAUAGCUGAAUGGGGAUAGUUGUUUACCUGCUUCAACAUGUUGAAACAUUUUGGCCUGAUGUACAAAGAAACAACUUGUGAAAGUUAUCCAAUGCUAAAAGCUUAACAAGCUGCUGGAUUGGAGCCCCGCUUUGAGAUGGAGGCCCAGGUUAAACCUCUCUCCAACUUCAGUUGAACCUGGGGACUUUUGCUCUGCCCCUGAGCUGCAGUGCUUCUUAUCCGGCUCAUCUCCCCGCUCAGUAGUUGGAACCCUUAAACAAUUAAGCCUUUGAGGGAGGUCUUGACUUUGGCAUGCAAUUUUAAGGUUCACAUUCCACAGAGGGCUGGCAUUUUGUUCACUCAGCAGGGACAGGGCAGAAGCUCCCAAGUAUGACAGUGAUGGCCUCCCUAGUUCUUUAUCCUGGCAUUUGGAGGCAGACUGCCUCACACCAUGGAGAUCCCAUGCAGCUUUCGUAGUCUUCCAGUUUAUGAAUUUGUGGUGCACUUGGGUCAUUUUGCACUCUGGUUUAUUGCAGCCUCCCCCUUUAGAUGGUCCUGCAUAUUACUUCAUAGUGUGGCAAGCCAGUGCUUCUGCUUUUGAGGCCACAAGUAUCCACCACCACGUCUUGUGGCUGUGAAUUCUGCAUUAUUUUCCCCUUUAAGAGGCCAACUGAGGUUCCCUCUGUUGUUUCCACCCCACCCCCUGCCACUGCCAAGACUCCCUUGUGGCAGGCUGCUCCUUCCUCCCCCCCCCCCAUUUUCUGACUGUUGCAAUGGCAAGGAGUGGUACCAGACUAUAUUUGAAAUAAACGGUGAACAGCCCAGAACAAAGUAGUGCAGCUUUUGAAUUAAACCCACCUGCUGCUUCAUCCUUUAAAGUUAAGAGGGCUCCACCUCAGAGGCUCCCAGGCAGGCAGCUGCCAGUUGGGGUGGGAAGCCAGGCCCGAUGUCUACAGCAGGUGCUCUUUCUGCUCCUGGUUCUUUCAAAGCCUGAGGCUGGCUAGAGUGACUUCUCUCAUACCCACAGCUGAAGGGUCUCCUGGGAGAGCAUAGUGGGUGUUUGGCAAGCUGGCAGGCAACAUGGUUGCCUCUCAGAGACAGUGUAAUUGCUGGCUGGUGGUCUUCAGCUGCGCUUCAGCUGGAUUUGGUCUGGCCUCUUGUUUUUGCACAUAAGGCAGCGGAACAAACCUCAGUGCAGAUAGCAGAGGAUUAUGGUUGCACUGAUUAAGUGGGAAAAGAUUCUUCCUACCCACAAGAGAGAAAACUCUGCCCAUAUUCUCCACAUAAUGGCACACAGGAAGCUUUUUUUCAUUCAAAUGCCAAUACUGGCAACUCCUAACUUCCUUGGGAUCCAGGCCUUGAAGGAAGCCGAGAAGAUUUUUAAAUUUCUGGAGACCAGCAUGAAGAACGAGGGAGGAUGGGAAGUCAGGGGCAGCCACUGUGGUGUCCUCCAGACCUUGUUGGACUCUCAACACCCAUCAGCCCCGGCCAGCUUGGCCAGUGGUCAGAGAUGAGGGAAGCUUGGUUGCCAAGAACAUCUGGAGGGCACCACGUUGGCAUUCCCUAAGCUAAGGAGGCGCGUUCAGCUGUCUGGGUUUUUUCCUGUACCACGUAUGGAAUUUUUGAUGCUUGUUUUUUUGUUUGUUUAGAUUAAUAAGGGUGAGCUGGAAAGCAUGUGGGAAAUGUGUGGUAAGAGGUUGGAAGCCAAAGGAAUGGUAUUCAGUGGUCUAGUGCUGGGGGCGUCCCAGCGCUGCUAUGAGAAGAAACCAUGCAGGAAAUAAACUGAGCUGUGGAAUGAUAGAAAACUUGCUUAACCUGUGUCAUGAAUAUCCCUAAGGCCACUGGCCAAAGACAUUUUGCUGUUUAUGGGCGAGGGGCAAGAUGGUGCCUCCUCACCUGCCACCACUGGCAAUGGGAUCCUUAACCGCGGGGGUAGUGGUGUGGGACACCACAUCCUCCACUGUCUUCAACUGAGGAGGCACAGAGCAAGCCCAUCCACUUUCUUUCUUUCUUUUUUUUUUUUUAAAUGAUAUUUAUUAAAAGUUUAAAAAUUACAGAAAAAAGGGGGGGGGGAAAUAACAAUAAAAAAGAACAAUAACAAAACAUAUAAAACAUAUAAAAGCCAUACAACAAUACAGCAAAAAAGAAAAACAAAAAAGAAACUAAAACACACACCCAGUAUUCCAUAUCUUUACCUUUCCUUUACUUGUUUCAUCGACCUCCUCACACCUCCCUUUUUUUGUAUUCUAGUUCAAUUCACUAUUUCAGCAAGUUCUUCCCAUCUUUCUCAAUUUUUAUUCCAUAAUUUAUCUUAACAGUCUAACCUUGAAUUUUUUCAAUUUAACCCAUUAUCAAUCAGCUUUUACUUAAUUCUUUGUUGCAUUUCUACUAAAACCAUGUAAGUUCAUUCCCACAUCCUUCUAACACUCAUUAAUUUUACAAUGUUUCUGUAAGUAUACUUUAAAUUUUUUCCAAUCUUCUUCCACCGACUCUUCUCCCUGGUCUCGAAUUCUGCCAGUCAUUUCCGCCAGUUCCAUGUAGUCCAUCAGCUUCAUCUGCCAUUCUUCCCUGGUGGGUAGAUCUUGUGUCUUCCAAUACUUUGCAAUGAGUAUUCUUGCUGCUGUUGUAGCAUACAUAAAGAAAGUUCUAUCUUUCUUUGGCACCAAUUGGCCGACCAUGCCCAGGAGAAAGGCCUCUGGUUUCUUCAGGAAGGUAUAUUUAUAUACCUUUUUCAUUUCAUUAUAGAUCAUCUCCCAGAAUGCCUUAAUCUUUGGGCAUGUCCACCAAAGGUGAAAGAAUGUACCUGCAGUUUCAUUACAUUUCCAACAUUUAUUAUCGGGCAAAUGAUAGAUUUUUGUAAGCUUGACUGGUGUUAUGUACCACCUAUAAAUCAUUUUCAUUAAAUUCUCUUUUAAGGCAUUGCAUGCCAUAAACCUCAUGCCAUCCACUUUCCACACUUCAGCAUCUGUCGCCUGAGGCGACUGCCCCAUUCUGCCUUAUGAUAGGGUUGACCCUGAAUAUUGGAAAGCAAGAGAGGCCCUUUACAGGAAGAGAAGUUCAGGUCAAGAAGCCUCUUCUUUUCUAUGUCUGCUCUUGGGAAGAUGGGCAGCUCAUCAUGGGGGGGCCAGAUACAUCUUUGUGUAUGUACCUCAAAGUACCUGUUAAGUCACAGGGGGAGAGCAAGAGAGAUGGUUUCUGCCCAUGAAAGUCUGGUUGUGUAGUGUAAGCAGCUUAUAUAAGGCUGGGGGGCUGAAGUGUUCCACACUCUCCCUUCCAGACAAAGUCUUGCAUUCGGCUUAUUUUUUUGGCAUGGAUUCUGAUAGAUAGAGUUCUUUCUGCAUCUCAUUCGAAUAUAUUUUAAGACUUCAGAUUCUUUUUGUGGUUCGGUGUGCCAGAAUUUCCUUUUAAUUUAGUGUCCGAAAAAGGCACAUGGACCACUCUGAGGCAGCAGAGACUAGUAUAAUUACAGUGGAGGUGUAAUUUAUAGAAUAAAAUGACACUGACACACACACACACACACACACACACACACACACACACACACACAGCUGAAGCUAAAAAUACCUUGAAACUGGCAGGGGUGUAAAAGACGUCCUGUGUGCAGACCUGCAGAGAUUUUUUUAUGGGGCACGCUGGAAGAUGUAGAAAAUAAAUAUACUGGAAUUAUCUGCAGAAAUGGAAAAGGUGCUGGAAGGGAUGGAGUUUUGUUUGCGUUUUAAUGAGAAACUACCUAGUUUGCACUUCUCAAACCUAUAUAUGAACUGAAAUACAAUUAGCUUUCAAAAUUAAUACUUGGUCAGGAGCUGAUGCUGUUGUGGAGAAGCUUUUAGUUCAAAUCUACCCUUAGCCAUGAAGCCCUGGUUUUGGGCCAGGCUCCUCACAGGGCUGUUGUGAGGACAAAAAAAGGGUGCUGCCCUUGGAGAUACAGUGGGGCACAAAUAUGAGAUGAUAUUAAAAGCACACUUAAAUAGAGCUGCUGAGAGGGGGAGUUUCCACUGAGAAAUCAGUGCCUAUCUGCUCCCCACCCUGCAUUCCCCAAUUGCACUGCAGACAAUGGUGGGGCACAGAGCAAAGUCACCCAGGGAUCUCUUAAGAGGUGGGCCAUCAUUGGGGAGGAGCAGGUAGUCCUUUAGAUACCCUGAAAUCAAUGUAUAUGGGGCAGCCUUCCCCAGCCUGGUGCCCUCAAGGUAUUUUGAACUACAACUUAAGGUUACCAGAUGUCCCCGUUUCCCAUGGACAGUCUCCAGAUUUACAAAUCAGUCCCUUGACAAAAUCCAUCUAUUGGAAGUUGAAAAGUGUCCCCGGAUUCAUUGAAAAAAAUCUGGUAACCUUACUACAACUCCCAUCAGCCUCAGCAUUCUACAGUUGUGCUGGUUGGGGCUGGUGGGUGUUGCCUGGAACAUCUGUAGGGUACCAGGUAUAGGACUUUAAAGGUGACAGCCAGCUGUUAGAGUGGGCUUGGAACCAAACUGAGAGCCGAUUUAGAUGACAAAGGAGUCACAUACUCUGAGUAGCAAGCUCCUGUCAGCAUCCCGAGAGCUCCAUUCUGCAUCAGACAUUAAAAAAAACCACCCACGUUAUUAGGCCAACCAAAAUAUCACAGAAAGAGCAGGCAAUCUUUUGAAUUGUUCAGAGCUCAACAUCCGGCCAGAUAGUAAACAAAGCAAGUGGGGGAGAACAUCUUAGCUGAUAGUAACAAAAGAAUUUGCUUUCUUUAGCAUCCAGCCUAAUGAAGAGCUCUGGGGAACUUGAAACUAGGUGUAGUCCUAAUAUAGAUCUGAGUUUUUUGUCUGGACCAACACGGCUAACCUUUUUUCUUUUUCUUCUGUGCCAGCUGCAGCUUCUGAACAUUCUUCCAAGGCAGCCGCACCUAGGGUGCAGUGUGGUGGUCCAGCACAUGAGAGCCCGGCUGUGCCCAGGCUCAAACUGAACCAUGAUGAAAGCCUGUGGAUGCUCCCACUCCCCACCCCCAAGCUCACAACAGGACAGCAAAAUGUGUUUGUGCUUGAGCAACACAGGAGGGGAGAGUGCUCCUGUGCUCAAAUCCUGCUUGCAGGUUUCCCCACAGGCAUCUGGUUGACCAUUGCAAGAACAGAAUGCCAGUAGAUCUUGGCUUGAUCCAGCUGCAGGCUCUCCUUAUGUUCUCGUUGAAACACCCUCAGCAAUCCCAAAAUGUUUUGGCUGCUUCCUUUGCCUGUGGUGAGUUCUGCCUCCUCCUCCUCCUCCUCCUCUCCUUCAGUGGCAGCAGAGUUGCCCAUCCCUCUUUGCCAGGCCCAGACCUCUGGCCAGGAAGAGCUCUGUGUCCGCAUCCGCCCAGGGUCGGGCACCCUGCCAGAGUCGCCUUUAUUUUCUUUAAAAACAAAGUGAGGAGUUUGUGGUGAACCCAGUAGCUGGAAGGAAUGACUUUUAAAAGACGGAGAUGCAUAAUUAAAAUCUCAGCAUUCUGUUUGGGAGAAGGGCCCUCCGUCGCUCACUCCCCUUAUGUAAACAUCCAGCCUGACAUGAUGAUCAGAGUUAACAAAAGAGAGUGGAAAAUAUGAAGCAAACACAAAAGCAAUUAACAUGCCAAAUAACAUCAAGCUGUGUUUUCUGUAGCCUCAAACUAUUUUGAUUUCAUUAUUAAAGGACACAGUCCUAGGACUUUCCAUCUAGCAUGGUUUUAUUAGCAAAUGAUUUAGAGAAAGAUAGCAAUGGCUAGAAGCUAGGAAUUGGUACCGUGUCUGUAGAGUACACAGCAUCAGAGUUUUGGUGCUGCCAGAGCAUGGACCUGCCUCUCCUGUGCCUCAGUAGUACCACACAAGGGUCUCUCUGCCAUGCUGGAAUGGGUUCAGAGUUACCUUAUAAGAAAACUAUAAGUCAUAUCCAUUUUACUACAUUUUAAAAGCACCUCAAAACAUAUGCAGGUGCAAACAGCAUUGGAAGUGGGUUUGCAUGUAGCUGCUCCAAUAUCAUCAUGAGCAUAAAUCAACAGUGUCCAAUGCAAAGGAUGCCUACAGGGGUCUCAAAAUUUCCAUUUGUAAAGGCAGGGCUAGGUGGGAUGUCCUUGGUCACCAGAUGGAUUAACCUUCAGCUGCAGGUGUUGGUGUCAGUGUAGGCUCUGUUCUCCCUCUCAAUGUUCCUUGGUUGUCUUUCAAAGCAUCCAGUGUCUUAGGUUGGUGACUUUUGAGGGCUGCUUCCAGAUGGGUGUUUAUUGUGGGAUGGGUGCAUCGUGCAUGCCAUCUUUUUGCAGCACCCACAUGGCAUGGUUGGCAUCAAAAUGUCAGCCCAUAAUCCAGAUAUCCCCUUUCCAUGGAAAAUUCAAAGAGUUUUUAGAAACCUGUUGCCAAGGAUCUGUUUGGCACAUAACCAGGGCCCAUUUGCAAAUUAAGCCUUCAUGGAGACGCCCAGAGUGUUUCAGAGCAGCAGCAAGCGAUUAUCAGGAUCCCCCAGUGUAGAUGAAUAAUUGUCAUCAUCAAGCAUCCCUGAAAGGCAGUCCUGAGAGAGCGAGAGUGUACGCACGCACGCACGCACACACGUUUGUUUGUUUGUUUGUUUGUACGUUUGUACGUUCUUCUCUUUCACAUUCCAACCAUGAGAAGCUUAUGGGGUAUGGCCCUCCCCCAGGCUUGGUUUCCUUGAGGAAAGCAGCCACUGGAGCCUUAGGGUGUUUUGUAAUAUUUGUGGUUAUUUACAAAGGCACAGAUGGGAUAUCGAUGGAGACGCAGCUUAAACUCUCCAACAACAGACAGCAAAAGUCCACUAGGACCCAAGUACCUACGGGACCGCCUCUCCUGAUAUGCCCCAUGGAGGACCUUAAGGUUAGAUUGGUCUCAACUAGGACCAAGGCCUUUUCAGUACUGGCCCCGACUUGGUGGAAUGCUCUGUCACAAGAGACUAGGGCCCUGCGGGACCUGACAUCUUUCCUCAGGGCCUGCAAGACAGAGCUGUUCCGCUUGGCCUUUGGUUUGGACUCAGUCUGACCCUUAUGUUUCCCUCCCCUUAUGGUUUUGAUUUAUGGGCUACUUUUAAAAUGAGGCUGCAUUUUAGAUUGCAUUUUAACCUGUAUUUAAAAUUAGGGGUUUUCCCCCCCAUUAGGUUUUUUACUGUAAUUUUACUGAUGUUAGCCGCCCUGAGCCCAGCUCUGGCCGGGGAGGGCGGGGUAUAAAUACAUUUUAUUAUUAGUAUUAUUAUUAUUAUUACUACUAGUUCCACAUCAGAUAAAUCAGUGAAAUAAAGUAGGAGGAGAAUAGUGCUUGAAUGUACAUUAAAAGAUAAAAAUAUUUGCCUAGCCAGUUUUAGUGGGUCAAAGUGCAUUGGGAUGUGAAGAUGUAUGCUCUUAACCCUUUGCUUUUAAAAACAAGCACAUGAUUGCUUUAAGUGAUAAAUCCCAGAGAAGUUAUUGUCUACGUUCUUCCCCUCACAACCCUCCAUCCUGCCCUGGCAGUUGUUUAGGAAGAAGCAUUUCUAGGAAAAGGGGUUCCCCUCCCCUUUCAUUGCAGAGUGCCUCAAAGCUAAAUAACGUCUCUAUUAAACUCCCAUAAUCCUGUAAACAGAUGGGAAAGAACAUGUGGGUUUGGUUUAGGUUUGUUUUCAGUGUUUGCAAAGUACUAAUGAACUUCAUUUACAAUCCCCAAGGUGAGAAAUGUUCUCUGGGUGCCUGGCCUGCAGGCACCAUUAGUGGCGUAACAGCAUUUUUUGGAAUGUGCAGAAGACAGGUCUCAGCCUGAAAAUAAAGGGCAGAUUAAAGUAAAGAGUGCAUCUGAGCACAUGAAGGUUGCCUUUCCUUUUAAUAAUCAUCAUGAGCUACACAUACACACCACACACCACACACCCCAUGGGGUAAAGGUAUCUAACCUUCUAUUCUGGCUUGACCCUCAGAACUUCUGUUUUCAGACAUUGCCCAUGAGUGCAAAAACAGUGUUUUUACAUGCUCCUGUGCUUUAUAAUAUGGUCACAUUCUUAGAUGCAGGGGUGGUAGUCUGGGAGCACACAAAGCUUUUGAGACUGGUGUCUCCUCACCCCCUGAACAAAUAUAAAAUUGAAUCCAUCCAACUAUCACUGCGUUUGCUUGCUUUAAUGCCACCCUUCAAUUAAAAAGUCCCAGGGCAAUUUAUAGUAGGUUACAAAAAGGCAGCAAAAUGACAUUAAAGCGAUGUUGCCAAGAGGAAAGGGCAGCACGGAAAACAAUCAGAGCAGAGAUGUUAAAUGAUCAGAGAUUAAAAGCCAGGAGAACUAAAAACGUAGUUGCCAAGUGCCUAAAAAUACGGCCAGCCCAAUAUGUUUUGCUGCCUGAGGCAGACAAGAUGCCUCCUCCACUUCACCCCCUGGACUAGCAGCUGAAUCUUAUUUCAACACUAGCUGUAAGGCAGAGACCUCUAUCUCAUAUGGCUAGCUUAGGGGUUGCCAGGUAAGCAGUGUGGUACAUGCACAGGUGAGCCCUGUCCUCCAACAUCUCCUUGCUCCCUGUUCAUCACAUUGCUUGGCCAGACAUGUGCCGUGGGAACAAACCAGCAAUGCAUUCACGUACAUGGGGCCAGCUGGAGAGUAUGGCCUGUGCUGGCUGCCUCUCUGCCUGCUCACUUGGCCAGGGGCCUUUCCCAGCACUGCCAUGUAUGACAUGGGAGUGGAAGAUGAUCAGGCUAGCCCAACCAGGUCCACAUCCCCACCAGGAGGACAACUCAAGAGGAAUAGCUGGGAAUGGUUGGGCCUGGAGAAAGUGGGUGGAGAGAAGUUCUUCUCCCUCUCCCAAAACUCUAGAACUCGUGGCCAUCCAAUGAAUCUGAAUGUUGGAAGAUAAAAGAAAGGACUUCUUCAUGCAGCACAUGGUUAAACUGUUGAACUUGCUCCCACAGGAGGCAGUGAUGGCCAACAACUUGGAUGGCUUUAAAAGAGAACUGGACAAAUUCACAGGGGAGAGGGCUAUCAAUAGCUAUGCUCCGCAUCAGCAGUCAAAGGUAGCAAUGCUUCUGAAUGCCAGUUCCUCGAAACUAGAGGAGGGGAGAGGGCUUUUGCAUUCAGGUUGUGCUUUGGGGCUUCCUGUUGGGUCAUCUGAUUGGUGCAAAGGACACCUUUUGGAUGAUAGCAGAAGGCGGCAAACGCUUUGCUCAGGUGCCAGACCUGCUUCCCGGUUUGAGAGUUUCUGUCAGUGUAGCUGAGAUGGCUAGAAAAAUGGCAAAACAAGGAAAGGAUAAAGUGUGUGUGUGUGGCUGGCUUAAGCAGACAGCUCCUAAACUUGAAGAUGUUUGUCAGACUUGGAAAUAAAAACAAACACAAGCAGUCCAACCCCCAUCAAGUUCUCUCUGCCUCGGUUCCCUUAAUUGGGAAGGGAAGUAUUCCUUUGGAAACCGCAGCCCACCCUAACCUCUCCUGGCACGUCACAGACAGUCAAGCCCUUUUCACACACCAAAAAGGGGGGAGGAAAGCAGCUGUUUUCUCCCAGCUAACCGCCAGGCCUCUGCACUGCUACUUAACAACCACUAAAUUCCAGGAUGCUAGAGUGCCUCCCCCAACCUGCUGCUCUCCAGAUGUUUAUCUGGGGAGCAUCAGGUUGGCGAAGGAUGCCCUAUGGAACGCUUGAGUGCAGUUCUCUCCUAAUUCUCCUGACCGCCGAACUGCUAUGAACUGAAAUCAAGAAAGGUACUGGGGGAUCUUACUAGUGUGGCCUGAGAGAUGGCUUUCAGAGGUCUUCUUUGAAAAUAAAGACGGUCGAUGGCAUUUGUUCUUGUACAUCCCUUGUUCCUCUUGCCAGGUUUUAAGAGCCAGUUUCAUGGGUGUAGCCAAGGGGAGGGGCAGGGGGGCAGCUGCCCCCCCAAUCAAUAAAAAUAAAUAAAAAUACAUAGCUAACAGGUUCUGUCCCCCCAAAAGGCCUGCCCCCCUAACAAAAAUCCUGGCUUCGCCCAGGGCCAGUUUUAUUCUGUUACUCCUAUAGCGUGUGUUAUAGAUUAAGAGCUUGCAACCAAAGGAGAUUCUGCCAUUAUUUUAUUUUAUUAUUUUAACGCUGCAUCUCUCCAGCUGUAUCUAUCUGUCUUUUACCAUAUGAGGACUGUGCUUCUAAGCCAUGGAAGAACUGUGAGACAUAUUGAUUAGUCAGGAGGGGAAAUUCCCUGUGAAAAAUGUGACCCAUAACUUCAUGAUGCUUUACCUCCCUCCUUAGGAGGAGGACAUGUGUUUUAUGUUACAUAGAUUGACUCAGAUCCAUUGCCUUUGCCACCCCUCAGCCCUCAGUCAACAAAGUUUUCAGAAGGCAUUUUCUCCUGGCAGAUUGGGUGUGUGCUAAACUUGAAUGUAUUUUAAACUCAGUAAAUAGAGCCAGAGCUGUGUAGUGGUUAGAGUGUUGGGCUAGGACCUGGGAGAUGGAAGUGGAAAGCCCUACUUACCUGUGAAGCUCACUGGGUAACCUCGGGCCAGUCACAGUCUCUCACCCUCACAGGGCUGUUGUGAGGAUAAAGUGGGGAGGGGAACAACCACCUUUAGCUCCUUUGGGGGGAAGGUGAAAUAGAAAUGUAGUAAAUAAAUAAGAUUGGAGUAAUGUGAAGUGAAGGCUAAAGUGCAUUCCAAGCAUAGCAAAAGGACAGCAUCAAACUGUGUAGUGAAAAUUAAUAAAAUAAAUAACCUCCAUUUUUUUAGUUAACUGAUAUUUUAUUUGGCUAUUUUAUUAAGAUUUUACUGGUGUUUAGCAUUCUGGUCUUUUAAAUGAUCAUUGCAUUGAUUUGUCUUUAAAUGUAUACAACACUGUGAUAACUAUGGUGGCUUGCUUACUAUGGUGGCUUGCUUGGUGCCAUCAUAUAUCUUUAGGCAUCAUGCAAAAACCUUCCUUUAUAACCAAACCUUUAUCCUUUAGCUAUCUGUGGCCUUUUAGAAGUGGGUGGGAUAUUUUUAAUGUAUUUCUUUCUGCUCUUCGUUUUAAUGUAUCUACGUGGGGUUUUUUGUCUGUCCUCAGUUGUAAGUCACUUUGGGUUGCACCGGGCAAGUUAAAGCGACUUAAUUCAGUAAACAACAACAAUAGAGAAUGUGACUUAAAGAUGUCCCAAUAAUCCACGUGUUGGGGGGGGUGCAUCUGUGUGUGUGUAAUCAUGUCCCAAUUCUUUCCAGUUGAGCUAGAUUGGGACAUCUUCCACCAGAAGCCUUAUUGGAAGGAAUUCAGGUUCGACUUGACACAGAUCCCAACAGGGGAGUCUGUAACAGCGGCUGAAUUCCGAAUUUACAAGAUGCAAAGCUUCAGUUGGCAUGUCAACAAAACCCUUCACGUCAGCAUAUAUGAGAUUGUCCAAGAACAUUCUAACAGGUACAGUAAGAGCAAACCCACUUCUGACCCAGAACACACAACUGUCAAACCAUGGGGACUAAUAACUGUUCGACAUUACAAUCCCAUUGGAGCAGGAGUAGGGAACUGCUUGUAGCCCAAGGGCUGAAUUAAAACCCAGCCAAAACAUUUGCUGAGUCCCAGGUAGGGUAAGGUAUUUGUGGGUAUGGCAUUUUUUAAAAAAGCCAAGCCAAAUCAAAGAACAAACAUUCUCCCAAACACCAAUUCCAUUGCAAAAGUUUCAUCAUGAGCCUCACAGAACAUAUUGGAAAUUAAUGCAGUAGAAAAAAGCUCAUAUCCAAUUGCAGACUCCCAUCAGAUACAGCAAAGUGAUGAUCUGAGGAGCUGGGAGAUGGAAGGAGGAGCAGGAAAGCAGUUUCUGGAUGCUGCAAGCUGAAGGUGGAUAGCAUUUCAGGCUCAUAGCAGCAUCCUUAGAGGCAGAUGCUUCCUCUUGCUUCCUGGAUAAGAAGAGAGCAGCUCAGCAAUUUUAUGCCUUAGUCAAGUUGGGAAGCAGUUCUCAAGCCAUGCCUUGCAUGGCAGCAUAUGUGGAAAGUUGUAGAAAGUCUGGCUUUGCAAAAAAAAAAUGCCCCAAAAUUGCCACAGUUGCUGGGAUUGGCAUAGGAUGAUGUCACAUGUUGGUUGCCCCAAAUGGCCUUGUGGGCUAAAUGAGAAGGCCUGGUGAGCCUAACUAGAUGCACAGGGCCAAAGUCCCCCUCGGCUGCACUUAGAGGCAGUAUCCCACAGGAAGAACUCCUACACCACGUUUGACUGCAAGUAACAACGUUCUAGUGAGAGUCAUACAGGAGACAUUCCCUAUGGGUUAGGAACAUAGACAGCUGCCUUACUCAGUGCCAGAUCAUUGGUUCAUCUAGCUCAGCAGCGACUUUCCAGGAGAUGCUGGGAAUUGAACCUGGGAACUUCUGCAUGCAAUGCAGAUAUUCUACCACUGAGCUACAUUCCUUCUUUCAAAUAUAUACAGUCAUUUUUACACAAUAGGAAGUUCAUUUACACCAAGUCAGAUCAUUGGUCCAUCUCUCAGUAAUGUCUACACAGACAGGCAGGUUUUCAGAAAGGUGACAUUUCCACCCCUGCCGGGAGAUGCCAGGGAUUGAGCCUGGGAUCUACUGCAUGUAAAGCAGAUGCUUGACCACUAAGCUACAGCCUUGCCCAGUAUUCUCGGGUCAUUCCAAUUAUUUUAAAAUUUACACAUACUGAUGCCAGGCUCGGGAUGCAAAAAGGUUUACUAGGUAGGGAGAAUCCCCUGUGAAACAUAGGUAGUAAUUUUUAAAUAAAUGCACCUACACUACAAGUGCACCAUGCAUACAAUUAUUAAGUGAACAAAUGCAGAAAAUAAGAAGUAACUGCUGCAAAGAAAAUUUCCUUGUCAAAACACUGUAAAAUCUUGGGGAAGCCCGAUAGUAGCUUUCGCCAACCUAGUACCCUCCAGAUUCCAUCAGCCCCCAGAUAACACAUUCAGAUGAUGCUGGGUCUGAUGGGAGUUGUACCCUAAGUCUUCCGGGGGCGGGGCACUAAAUUGGGGAAGGCUGCCUUGUAUCACAGUGGUGUUGUUUAUUUUUAAAAAGCCAAGCAUUUUUUACUCCGAGCAGUUGUGCUUAUACUUGCUUUCUGCUACUCCAGGGACUCAGACCUGCUUCUCUUGGACCUCCAGGAUAUCCUGGCUGGGACAGAGGGCUGGCUGGUGUUCGAUGUCGCAGCUGCAAGUAAUCACUGGCUGUUACACCGCAAAUACAACUUGGGCUUGAGGCUCUAUGUGGAGACAGAGGACGGUAAGGCUAAUGGGAUUUUUGAUUGAUUUAUUUUUUUUGCAGUUUUUAGGAAUCCCGUUUUGUGGUAAGAGUUGUUGUUAUGUUGGCUGUAGAGAACAAGAGGAGCAAACUUGAUAAGGUGGUAUUGCAUAUGGAACCACCUUCUGUUCACGUACGGCUUAUUUAUUUAUAUUAAAAAAUUGUAUUGCUCCAUAGCAUAAAAAAUAACAAAUAGGUUUACAAAAGUAUCCAUAUAUCCAAAAGGCAGCAGCCAGAUUACUGGCUGGGGUUCCAUUUAGAUCUCAUAUAGCCCCCGUUAUAUGAAAAGAAAAGAAACACUACUUACCAAGCAGCCUAAGCAGCAAAACUCUAGGAAGAAAGAGCAGCUGGCAGGGCAAUAAUAUGAGACAUUUGGAAAGCCUUGAGCACCCUUUGGUGGAAAGGCAGAAUACAAAUUUCAACAGGCAAAUAAGAUUAAAUGUGUAGUCUGAUACAUAUCAAAGUUGGAAAGGCCUCAAAAAAUGGAAGCUAACUUUUCAAGGAAGGUAAAGCACAUUAUGACUAUAAUCUGAUUUCCAUCUAGUCAUUGAAAACUUGCAAAUGCCAUUUGCUAACAGCCAAGGAAAGCACCAGAGUCUCUGUGUGCCUGUUCUCCCUUUCUCCCUCUUCAGGAUUCUUGUCCUCCCUAGUGGGGUGCCCUGGGCAAUGACCCCUAAACAGAUUAACACCCCUACCUAUUAAUCUGAUGUACAGCAGUAUUAACAUAGUGGAAAGGGUUUGUUUUUUGGAUUCUGCAGGACAGAGUGUUGAUCCUGGAUCAGCUGGCUUCUUGGGUCGCCGCGGACCACGCUCCAAGCAGCCCUUUGUGGUGACAUUUUUCCGGGCAAGCCAAAAGCAAGUCAGAGUCCCGCGUGCAGCCAAGCACCUGAGGAAGAGGCAGCACAAGAAGAACCACAGCUUCCCGCACUCAAACAGGCUCCCAGGAGCAUUUGGUAAGGAGCAGAAGGGCUGGAGAAGCAGUUAGGGAAUCGGCUUAGUGAAGGACAAUCAGACUUUGCCCCCAGGCUGGGCCACAGAGGGUCAUUUGUUCUGUCACUCAGGCACAUGCAGCCCAAGCAUGGACUCAGAAGCAGGCUACUGCACCAGGCAUCCAACAGGCCCUUCAGUGCUGCGAGGUGACUGGCAGGCUGCUAGCAACAAGAGACCUAGGAUGCUUCCACCUGGAAGUUUAUUGUGGACUUGGGUCUUAAGAAAUGGGGAAUCAGCCAUUGCUUCUUCACCCCAGAAUCCUAGGUUGUAAAUUGAUGCCUGCCAGCACUUGGCAGAGACCAAUUCCGUCUGUGCCCAGCCUCCGUCUUUGGAAUGAAUCUAGAUGCAGAGUUCAGGGCUUUCCAGGCUGAUUUUUUAUUCCACCCCCUGUGACACACAUAACUUUCUGUAGCACCUAGGAAGAGAUCCGGAGAAUUCUGUUGUGGCUUUUGGGUUGGUCCUAAUAAAGGCACUGCCCAGCACUGGCUAGUGAAAUAUAAACCACGCCAAGUUAAAGCUAAUGAUAAAAACGACAAGAAAGAUCCCGAUGCAACCAAGUGCCAAGGAGAAAAGCAAUUGGCUUGAAGCAUAAAAACAUAAGCAGACCUCUGCUGGAUCAGGCCAAUGGCUCCUUUCAUCCAGCAUCCUGUUCUCUUGGUGGCCAACCAGAUGACCCAGUGGGAAACCCCUAAGCAGGACCCGAGCACAAGAGCCCUCUCCCCUCCUGCAGUUUCCAGCAACUAUAUUCAGAAGCAUUGUUGUCUCCAGCUGUGGAGGCAGAGCACAGAGAUCAUGGCUAAUAGCCCUUUCUGAACAGCCUCAAGGUGGGCACCAAUACAGAGAAUGGCCAAGUCCCCUUGGCAUCAGCUGUGCCCCUCAGGCCACACCCCUAAUUCAAAUCCCCCCCCCCCGAACCACUAUUAGCGGCUGGUGGAGGGGAACCUGCAGGCAUCCAUUGUGCUGUUACCUGUAGCGGGGGCAGUUUUGAUCAUCAGGGUGAUGGUGUGGAAAUAGAGGUCCUGGUCCUGGUCCACUUUACCCACCCACCCCACGAACAGUUGCUUUAAUAAUGGUAGUAAUGUUGAAAAAGAUGCUGGAGACACAUUUCCUCUUCUUUCCCAUCUAUUGUGGCCCCGAGGCUUAUCAGGCUCAUCAACUGGCUGCCGGGGCUUGGCUGAGUCCAUUUAGCUGGUCAGCACUGCCUGUAAACUCCUUUGGAUGCAGCCCCAUCUUCGCCUGCCCUAGACCCAACAUCAUUGGGCAAAGGGCAAGUAGGCACAGUGUUGUUCAAAUGGCCUGCUGGGGGGCAGAGGUUGCCCACCACUGCCCUUCCAUGGUGCAGAUUUCCCUUUGGCUUAUUGCCCAUUCAGUGAAUGAUAGAGAACCAUCUGCCUUUUGAUGGACAUUCUUGGUCCUUUCCCCCCAGAUGAUGUCCACAUUUCUGAAGGGCGGCAGGUGUGCAGAAGGCACGAGAUGUAUGUCGACUUUCAAGAGCUUAAAUGGAUGGUAACUAUUUCAAUAAUGUUCUUCUUUACAUAAGUCAUUUCCCCCAGAAAAGUUAAAUAUCUUAGCAUCACCUUCCCCUUUUCCUUUCCAAUCUUUACGGUCGUUCUGAACCCAUUUCUUUCAAAGUCAUGGCAGAUUUAUAUAAAGCAUAUUUUCUCAGGGAUUCCCAAGGUGACAGCCCAGAGAAGUGAAUUGCUGCUCCCAUAAACCCAGUUUGUGGGCACCCAAGCACCCCCACACCCCCAUGCAGGAAACCAGCCCUAACCCACAUUGCUGUGGCAGAGUACCAAUCUCUGUCUGUGUCUCAUUCUGAUCAGCAACUUACAAAGAAAAAGUGUGGCUUAGAUAUCAGAAGUUUUGGGGACUCACGUAGAUCUCUUAAAAAGAAAAAAAAAGACUACCAGUGCAGUCCUAGAGCUAGUACAAGCCAAGGGUGAAGCUGGCAGUAGUUUCACUGCUCUGCUAGUGCCCUUCCCUGUGGUCUCAUGCCAGCAGGGUAGAAAUGAGCUCCUUCAUCCCUUUCAGGAUGGAUUUUUAAAAAAAAACUAAUUUCCCUUCCACUGGAAACAAAAAAAAAGAUUUCUCCUGGGUUUGGGGGCUAGGAAAGCUUGGAUCCUUCAGAUUCCUCCUCCAACGUACCCCACACUGCCCCCAACACAAACCUCGCCAACACUGGAGGGCUGGCGUCUGAAGGGCCAGGGUCACAGACAUUUCUGUGGUGAUGGGGAAGGGAAUCCAGUGGUGUCUGAUCUCUCUCCCUGACCUCAUUAUCAUUAUCAUGUUAUUGUUUUAUUUAUCACCUUUCAUGUGAGUCUCAAGGCCAUUUGCAAACACACCAUAAAAACUAAAAUGGUUUCAAAACAGUACCAAAAGACUCCUGAGGCAGAGAUGUUUUUACCCAGGUGAUAAAGCCUUUCAAAAGAUAAAUGUCUUCCAUUGAUUCUGGAGGGUGCAGAUAGCAGGUGCCUGUUGUAUCUCAGUGGAGAUGCUGUUCCACCCAAGAGGAGCAGUGACACUGAAAGCCCCGCUCGGAGCUGCUGUGGAGACAGCUGCUGAUAUUUUGGGGUCUUCAAGCAGAAACUCAACUGGUAAAGUCAGAGGGCUCUUUAAAUGCCUUUGCUGCAGGUAAGCUUUUUAGCCACACCUUCUCCUAAGUUAUUUUGCUUUGUUCUUCCAGGACUGGGUGAUUGCCCCGCGGGGCUACUCUGCCUUCUACUGCGCAGGGGACUGCGCUUUCCCUUUGGACUCCUGCAUGAAUGCCACAAAUCAUGCCAUCCUUCAGUCCCUGGUCAGUGUCUCCGCAUGGCAGAGGGCACCUUGGAACAAGAGAGGCAAGCUAGAGGGGAUUGUCUGUAGGUGUUGGGGAAGCCCAUAGCUCAGGAGCAGAGCAGGUUCAAUGGCAUCUCCAGUUAGGGCUGGGAUAAGACUUCCGUUUGAAAUCCUGGAGAUUUUCUGCCAGUUGACAGUACUGAGCUAGGUGCACUUUGAGCAGCUUCCUGUGUCUUUCUGAUCAGAGUUGAAGAAGUGGGGUGCACCCUUGUUCCGCUAUCGCCCUUAGGUCAGUAGCCUUCACUGAUGCCUUUAGUGCACUUGGUAGUGUAGGGAACUGGAUUGGGCUGGGCAGUUCUCCUACAGCUUGCGGGCCAGGUUUGAUGAAUCAGAAGGGUUGCCCACUUGACAAAUCAUCUGAUGUCACAAUGUCAGCUGGAGACUUGGGUGUGCUUUAAUUAUCUGUCCCUCAAGUGUGGCAGAUGCUCCAGGUCCCUUUCACUUGCAGCAUCUUCCCUCCUGUGUUAACGCCCCUCACCCAAAGCCUUAAUGCUCCUUUCAACCCCAAACCUGAUCACGUAUUUCCUUUUCCUGGCUUUUUUUUAAAUUACAAAGAGAUCUAUAAAAUGCAACCACACACCUGACAUAUAGUGUGGCCCUUAGUGAAGCUGAAGCAUAGAUGCCAUGGUGGCCUUCCUUCUUGCAACCCUCAGGGAAUUCUGGUGCCUGGUGAAAAUGCACCUGGUGGUGUAUCUAUGGACUACAACUUCCAUCAGCCCCAGCCAGUAGGGCCCUGGCUCCAACUGACUGUGUUUCAAAACAAUUGCCCUAGUGUUUGCAUGGGCAGGGGACAAGUCAGGAGAGGCAGAGGGAGCAAGCUUGCGAUGCUGUAUCUCUCUCACCCCAGCUACAGAAGCUGUUUCCCAUGCACAAAGAUGGUUUUCUAGCUGAAAUGAGUUCCCUUGCUCUCGGGACCCAAUGCAACCCCAGAGACCUCAUACAUUGGGCCUUUAGACAGGCAACUGAGCGUGAGGCCAUCUUUCCCUGCAAAGCAGGUGCUCUCCAAUCGGUUCUUCCCUCUGUUGCAAGAGCUUCUUGUUCACUUCAUUGGGGUGGGGAGGCAGUUCCAGGUGCAUCCUGAUCCCUCGAAAGGCAUCGUGAUAAUCCUCCACUCCCCUUCAGCUGGAAUUCAAUGGGAUAAAAGUAGAUGUGCAGUGGAAGCAACAGCCGCUGCAAUCUGACUUCCAGCCCCUCGAUAGUUGCCUUCCAGCGAUGGUGCCUUGAGAGAGGCUCCAACAUAAACUGCAACUCAAGCUGCCAAACGGUUUUGAAUAAAUAUUUUUGCCAACGCGGACAAAUAACCUACUCAUGGAAAUUGAUGCCUUUUCUCCGUAUAAACAAGUGCUGCUUUGAAGUUUUUUCCUUCUCCAAAUCAAGAUGCUAGGGUGGGGGGAGGCUGGGGUGUGCACAUUCAGCCUUUGGACCUCGGGGGCUGGUUAUUCAACGCUCCAACCAAGCCGGACAAUUUCCGAUGGAGGAGAGCUCCAAUGACUGCAUCUCCCUUUAACUCCAUUUUUAGGUUCACCUGAUGAAGCCUGAAACAGUCCCCAAGGCCUGCUGCGCACCCACCAAGCUCAGCGCCACCUCCGUCCUCUAUUAUGACAGCAACAACAACGUCAUCCUCAAGAAACACCGCAACAUGGUGGUCAAGACAUGUGGCUGCCACUGAUGCCUGGGUGGACAUUGGACUGCUGCUGCAUGCAGGAAAGAGGCAGGAGGGAAGCCUGGCAGUCUGCGGGCCCUGAGCACCUGUUGGAGAGGAAGGGGACUAAAAUCUUGCCACUAUGCAGUAAGUGAAGGAGUCAGCUCUUCCCGCCUGACCUUGAGCUGACACAGACUCGGGCUGUUUGGCUGGAGGUCAGUUGGUUCACAUCCUCAACAAACUGAACAAUCCCCCACAGAGGAACCUUUGCCAAGCAAACUAAAACAUGAUCUGGCUGCACGCAUAGGCCUGUUUUGUGUUCUGUGCCAAGACCCCGCCCAGUUCCUGCACUGUAAAUUAAAUUAAACUUUAAAAGCCACGGUAGAGAAGCAUGCAAAUUAGGAUGCCCUGUUUGUACACUUUAUUUCAUCCCUGACAUUUUCAGGGCUUUUGAAACAGAAGGCAGUCCAAAAUCUUGCAAGGAACAGCGUGUGCAAGCGUUGGUCAGUCCAGAGAGAGGAACACACUUGGGGAGUGUCGCCUUUGCCCUUUGGGGAUGCUGGAGCUUUUCAUAAGUCCUCCUGCACAUUAUCAGAUCUCUCUUUGGCUCUGCACAUGACAGCCACACUUUCUUUGAAACCCUGAGGGUCCCAAAUUUCAGGCUUCCAUGCAAACCAUGUCCACAUGAGGCGGACCAGAGGCAAGGAACAAUCCUGGCAAUUGGGGGCUGCCACCAUGUAGGGGAGACUGCUCUGUGGUGCCCCCUCAAAACCCAGGGCUUCAGCUGACAGUGUCAGACCUUUUCCCAUGUGGCAUUAAGGAAGGUCUGCAAGAGACCUUGUGGAAGGCUCGGCGGAGGAUGAGGUUUUCCUUAAUAUAGAACACCCUAACUAACCCUGUCCCAGGUCAAAGAAGUGUCCCUCUGGUGCAGUGGGCUAGAGAAUGUGGCUCUCCUCACCCACUUCUUCUCUUUGUGUAUAAAGUAGCCAAUGGGUUCCAAUCAUCUGGGGCAUUUCCAGAGAGCAGGCACUCCUCCCCCCCCUCACACACACCUGGAUUGACCCUGGAUUAACAGCCAAAAGGGACUCUGGGCAUUUUUAGGUCUGCUAGUUUCCAUUCUUUGCUGGAGGUGCACCAUAUGCUAGAACCAGGUUGUAUAAUCAAUCUGGAAGGUGUUGGCCACAUGCAGAAGAAAAUUAUGUCCAAUGCCCUUUGGGAGCUCCAUCCAAGCAGAAGUGGGAGCUGCACCCCCUUCCCCGAAGUAGAGCAAAUGAUUAAGGGCACCGAGCAUAUGGAGCAGUUUCCUUGCCCCGGGCCUUCCUCUUUGCAGCAAGUCUUCCUUUGGACGCCACAACCCACAGAAAUGUCUUCAUUCCAUCGCUUUCAGCAACCAGCUUUCCCGACUGCCUUGCUCAGCACAUCUGCAGCCAGGGGGGUUGCUUGUUCCCUUCCUAAAGAGAACAAGGAACCAUUUUGCAACUUGCACAUAGCUUUGCUCAGAAUAAUUACGCGCGUCUCUCAAGCGCCCCAAAGCACCCCCUUACUCACUGUCCCCAAGCAGAGGAUCAUUCAGUGACUCCCACACCACAAUCGCUCUGUAGGCCAGGAAGAUUGUGCAGAAUCCUCAGUAUUUCCAGCUUGAUCUGUUGGGCAUCUCCUUUCAUACACCUGAAGAGCCAGUUCCUCUCCCCAGCAAUUAGAGGCACGGCAGCCCACACCCAUUCCUGUGGGCCUGUGGCCUCAGUUCACUCCCUUUGGCAUAGCCUGCUACAGCUCCAGUGACGCAUAAGAAGUUAAGUAGGGAGAGGCCGGCUGGAUUAGGCCAUAGGCCCAUUCAAGCGUAGGUUCACUUCCCUGGAAUCUCACAGCCAUUGCAGCAACAGUCCAUGCCUGUCUGCUCCUGAAUCCGUUCCUCAGUGGUACAUUGCUGCUUCUAGACACAAGUUUCAUUUUUAGCCAUCAGUGAUGAUUCCAAGAUGAUAGGUCUUAAUCUUCUUUUUCAGCCACUUAUGGUAGAGACUGUAACAACAUCCUGUGGCAACAAACCCCAUAAUUAUACAUUGUGUGAAAAGAAAAUCCUUUCCCUUGGUUGUUCAGAAGGUUUUACCAAUCAGAUUCUCUACUGGAUAUAUACAGCAUGUCUGGAUUACAUUUUUUUUGAACAAUGAACCAUGUGUGUUCUGGCUACUCCAAUUUCCACCCACACCCCUUCUUGUAAGAGCUCACCAAAACUUGGACAGGGAGCUGGGAAGGAGAUGCUGGUGGCAGUUUACCCCACCAAGUUUGCUGGAGCCAAGCGUACUCUGAAAUGUAUCAUGUGGUGAAAGAAACUGGUACUUAAGGGUAUUCUGCAUUGGCACAUGGAGGUUCUACCCUGGCUGAUAACCACUGGGAGCAUAAGUAGAUCUAAACCUCUUUUAAGUGAGCUAUUUUAGGAUGGCUAACCUAUAGAGAGUUUAGAGGGGCAUUAGACCCAUUCACAGAAGGCCUCUCAGCGUGAUUUCACAAUGAUUUCUACACAAUCAGUGUCACCUAGGAAUGUUUUAUCAGUCAACAAAUAAAUUGAAAUAAGAAAACAAACACUAGAUUAUCAUUUAACGUUGUAUAUGAAUGUAACCACCAGCUCUCCAGAUUUAGUGGUGACAAGGUGGCCAUGCUGGCAUCUUCUUGGCACAGGACUUAGGCUGGUAAGACAAACCACAACUUCACUGUAGAUUUGGGAUAUUAAAGUUAAGGCCUGAAACAUCUAUUGAAGUCGACUAACUGCACCAGGUCUCAUCAGGUCUGAGCCAGGUUUUCCUAGAUCUAAAGAAUCUCCACAGUACCUUUUCAAUCUCUUGAAAAUGUCCAGAAAAGGACACUGCAAUGUCUCAGGGAGGCUUUUUCCUGUGUUGAAAGAGUUCGGUUAGAGAAGUCUAUAGUGUUUUAACCUAAAAAGUUCUAAUUGUAGUUCAGAAAGACAAACAUGGCUGAACCGGCAAAAAAGUUUAAAAAGCUAAACUCUUAAAAGGCCAGGUGUAAAAAAAUAGCUAUAAUUUAUUUAUAGGAGGAAAAGUUCUGUACAAAAUAGAUUUCUUUAGAAUCUACAGAUCUCAGUAAGGACAUACAAAUACACUUUUUGUAACCAUGUGAUGUGGUGCUCUGCUCAUUUCGUUAGGUAUUUCCAGUUCACUUCUGCUUGCACAAACAUUCACACAUAUUCACCACAGUCCGAGAUGAUAACUUUUUGCUUUGGUUUCCCAUCUUUGCUGCCUUCGGCCUUUAUAAUAAAGAGAGAAAGGAGCAGAUGUUAAAGUCAGGUUAAAGGAAGAAAUAAAAACGUGCCAGGACAUUUCAGUCCCUCUGGCUUUCUAACCUCAAUCUGCCGCACCACGUCCAUUCCUUCCGUCACCUCUCCAAAGACCACGUGCUUCCCAUCCAGCCAGUCAGUCUUAUCACAUGUGAUGAAGAACUGUGAGCCGUUGGUGUUGGGGCCAGAAUUGGCCAUGGACAGCAAGCCUACAAAGACAUAAGCCGUCCUUUUAAGAAUUUCCUCCAAAUCUGGAAUAAAAAAAUCUAUCUCUGUGUGUGUGUGUGUUUAUAACAAAUUGAGGAAAAGGGAACAGGUGACAAGACGAGACAAGACAAGGAGUUGAGACUGAACUCCUGCACCUCCAGCUUUGGAAGACUAGAAGAUCCUGUAGCAUCUUCUAAACCUGCAUUUAAUUAUAUAUUUUUAAAAAACCAACUACCACCAUUUGGGAGAUAUAAAUGUUUCACACUUUGCAUUUUUGCAAUAUAUCCCCGCCCCAAAAUCUAACAACUCCCACUUCCUUCAAUUCUUUGCCUGGAAACUUGAAAUUUGAAAGAUUAUGUAAAAACUAACACUCUUAGAAUAAAGCUAAGU